UUUAUAUAUACAUCCAUAUCUGCUCAUUUCACUUUAUCCUACAUUUUGAUCGACAUUGCUGCGUUGGCAAUUUGGCAUUUUCGUAGUUCUAUUUUCUUCUUCUGCAGUCUGCUCCAGCUUUCAACUUCCAUAAACACUCCCUAAUUGUUACUCAUCUUCUGGGUUUCUAGAAUUUUCUUUCUUUAUGUUAUCUUCUUACAUUCCUUGAUCAAAUCAACCCACUUGAACAUCAUCUUCUGGGUGGUCCUAUUUUUCUAUUCCCAAUUUUGGAAAUCAUCCACAAUUAUAUAUCCAUUUUGAUCCUGGGUAUUGCUUUUUUGGUUCAUUUUUAUGAAGUAAAAUAGGGUUAAGAUUGGUUUUUUUCUUUAGGGGAGAUGACUUUGGAUUCAAUACCUGGGAGUUCUGGGUAUUUAGACUCAUACCCUGAAAGGAGAAUUACAUAUUUCAGCAGUAAAUAUGUUCUGGGAUUGACUUUUGUUGCUGGAAUUGGUGGUUUGCUUUUUGGGUAUGAUACAGGUGUGAUAUCUGGGGCACUUUUAUACAUCAAGGAUGAUUUUGAAGAGGUCAAAAACAGCACCUUUUUGCAGGAAACAAUUGUCAGCAUGGCCCAAGUAGGGGCAAUAAUUGGAGCAGCUGCUGGUGGAUGGAUAAAUGAUGCCUCUGGGCGCAAGAAAGCUACACUAUUAGCUGACUUUGUCUUUGCAGCUGGUUCAGCUGUCAUGGCUGUAGCCCCAGAUCCUUAUGUUCUUAUAUUUGGAAGAUUUUUAGUUGGUUUAGGUAUUGGAAUGGCUUCAGUCACUGCUCCUGUUUAUAUUGCCGAAGCAUCACCUGCUGAAGUAAGAGGUGGACUAGUGAGUACAAAUGUACUCAUGAUCACUGGUGGACAAUUUCUUUCCUACCUUGUUAACCUCGCUUUUACUCAGGUCCCUGGGACUUGGCGAUGGAUGCUUGGAGUAGCUGGUGUUCCAGCCAUAAUACAAUUCGUUGGUAUGCUCUUUCUACCAGAGUCCCCACGUUGGCUUUAUCAGAAGGGGGAGAAAGCCAAGGCUGUUGCAGUGCUCGCAAAGAUUUAUGAUCCAUUUAGGUUAGAGGAUGAAGUAGAUGGUCUGGCUGCUGCGGCUGAAGAAGAUCGAGUUAGAAAGAAAGCCAGUGUUUGGGAUGUUUUUAGAAACAAAGAAAUAAGAAUUGCAUUUCUAGUUGGAGGUGGUCUACAGGCCUUCCAACAAUUUGUUGGUAUUAACACAGUCAUGUACUACAGUCCAACAAUCGUCCAAAUGGCCGGUUUCAGUUCUAACCAGCUCGCCCUCUUUCUCUCCCUCAUUGUCGCCGCCCUAAACGCCGCUGGAACAGUUGUCGGCAUUUACCUCAUCGAUCACAUGGGUCGCCGCCCAUUAGCCUUAAUGAGCUUGUCGGGCGUUCUAGCAUCCCUCGUCAUAUUGGCUGUUUCCUUCUUCCUUCAAUCAUCUGGAUCCCCUGCAGUUGUAGGCCUCGCUCUAUAUAUUGUGUUUUUCUCUCCCGGGAUGGGACCCGUGCCUUGGACAGUAAACUCCGAGAUUUACCCACAAGCUUACCGAGGCAUAUGUGGGGGUAUGGCAGCUACCGUAAAUUGGGUUUCUAACGUCAUUGUCUCGGAGUCCUUCCUUUCGAUCACUGAUGCUGCUGGCACGGGUGCUACUUUCCUUAUACUUGCUGGUAUUACUAUUCUUGCCAUUGUAUUUGUAGCAGUAUGCGUUCCGGAAACUAAGGGAUUGGCAUUCGAGGAAGUGGAGGAAAUAUGGAAAACGAGAGCUUGGGGACGGUUGUCUAAUACCGAAAGCCUUCUUGAAAGUGAUCGCCACCAUCACAAUGAUGUACAUAAUCUCGACGAUGAUGAUCAGAAGUCCUAGGUUGUAUGAUUGAUUGAUUGUAUCUCCAGUUAGUUAUAUGUAGACAUUCUUUAGAUGAUUAUCCUCCUCUAGGAAUGCUUUUUUUUUGCUAUCCAAUUUUAUUUAAUUCACUGUAAAGUGUAAACAAAUUGGCAUGUUUCUGUUUUUGAAUCAUUUGUAUUCUACUGAAAUAAAAUAAAUAAUUGUUACUUAAUAAUCUUAGUAAUGAGUAUUAGUUUUUGUUAAUCACUUCUCUGCAAGAUGUUGUUUGUAUUGGUGUAUCCUUGUACCCGCCCUAUACUUAGGGCGGGCAGGUACUCGGUACUAUUAUACAAACAAGUAAUAUUCUCUUUGUUAGUGUAAAGUUGCAUACAUCGAACUCCUUUGAACCUUAUUCUAUGUGAGAGCCAAUUAAUAAAAUUUCGGUAAUGUAACGUCAAACGUAAACUUAAGUCUUUUCUAAGUAUUGAUCAGGCUUAUAAUGACAUCAGAGCUAAUGAUGAAGCAAUCACAAGAGAUAAUUUAUAUAGAAUCUUGGGUUUACUUUAAAGUUGAAGAUUUUCUCUUCUUUUUUU